CUUGUUGUUUGGAUUUGAGAUGGAAGGAUAUAAAGUUUUUCUUUCUACGGUCAUUGCAGUAUAUAUUGUGCUACCAUUUCGCGGGGAUACGAAGCUAAUGGUGGAACCUGACUUUGUAAGCUCCUGGUAUUAUAUGAAAGCCCAAGCUGGCACUAAGACGACAUUAGUAUCCAUUGAGCAUGGCCUUGGAGAAACACCUUUGCUUGUUGACGUGCAAGUUCGUGAUGAACAUGACGUUGUUUUUCCAGGGUCAGGUUGCCGUGCUAGAGAUGAUGAUCAACCAGAAGGAUACGGUGGAAUAAUUUACAUUUACAACGAUGUAUACAUUGAAAUCAGUUCUCCGAUACAAUCGGAUGGACAUAUUGGCCGUUGUGUAUACACAGGACAAUUACCAUACUGGAAUGGACCAUAUGAUCUAGACUCUUAUUUCGCUCAUGUCAGAGCUCGAGCUUGGAAAAAAUCGUCCCUGCCUCCCGCAGAUUUCGUAAAGACAGGACAAUUCAUAUCUGCAGCUCAGGACAACUAUUUUGAGGAAUCCCAUGGCCUAGGUGAUUAUCCUUCAUUGGUGAUAUCAAGAACUAAGUUUCCAUCGUCUACGGAAACAUAUCCUGAUUACUAUUCUGAUUCUGUUGGUUCUUCAUUGGGAAUGUAUGACAGCAACUCAACUCAGAACGCUUUUGUUGUGUACGGAUUUAGCAAUGAAACUAUUAGAGUUUGGGCACCGACGUCUGAAGCUGAUUAUGUAUUCGCUGGCAUAGAUGGUUGGAAUUUUGAUGCUGUUAAGAAUGGAACUUUGGAAUUGUAUGCAUGGAGGAAUUCAUCGUUAACUACGUCGUCUACAUAUCAAACUACGUUUCCUCUUGGUCUAAAUCUAAGAAUAAGAAAAAUCGAUAUCAAUAGAAGUUUUGUUAAAGCUUGGGUUCAAGCAACAUCUGGAGUAAAUUCAGGUUUCCGGUUUGUUGGUAAUGGAAAUUCGGCUUACGACGAGGUUAAAACGGCCGCUGGUUGUAGCUAUGGUGGACUUGUUUACGCAUAUGAUAACUAUGAUAUAUACUGUUGGCAGCCUGGUCCAGGAAGCGGGACAUCUAAUGGUGCUUUGAUUUGUAUAGCAAAUGGAAUGGGAGGAGGAAAAAAUGUUCAAGCCAGUAACGACGGCGUUAUUGUAGCUCAUUUAUGGGAUCUAGCGUUAAGUAGAAUAUACUGUCAGCGAGAUAAAGAAAGUAAUGAUUGA